AUGGCUGAUGACACUAUUUCAAACGACUCUGACAAACAACCUUUUAUGGAAGGAAGUGAAACUGAACUCGACUUUAGAAAUGAUCCCCGAGUACAGUGGUUCAAGGAACGCGUUCUUACAUAUAUAGGCAUGGACGAUGAGGAACUUUUCUAUAACAUUCUAGAAGAAGCUGACGCAAAAGAAAAGUUCACAACAUUUGUAACAGCUCCUCUUAAACCAAAUGAACUGUCUCUUGAUAAACGCACUUUCUAUAUAUCAAAAAUAAUUGUUGAUAAGCUUAUACACGAGGAUAAAGAGUUUACAGAAUGGCGUAUCAUUCCACCACCUCCGCCACCGCCACCACCACAGAAAAAGGGUAGGAAAGGCAAAAAGGCUAAAGCAGAACCUGUUGCAGAACCGGAACUUGACGAUAAUUUAGAUGAUGACAAGAAAGCUAAGAGCAUGAAAAGCAUGAAAAGUAUGAAGAGUAUGAAAAGCAUGAAAAGUAUGAAAAGUAUGAAGAGCAUGAAAAGUGUGAAAAGUGUCAAAGAAGGUGACUUGGAUGAAGAUGAAGAAGUAGACACAGUGGCAGCUGCUGUUACAGACGUAUUUGAUAUAGAAGAAGGAGUUAGAACGUCUAUUGACUUACACGUAGAAGAAGAGGAAGUACCAUUGGUUGCUGAGGAUUUGUACUCAUUUCCAGCACCACCUGAAGAUUUAGAUCCAGAAAUAGAUGGAACCUUGGAGUUUUAUACUGUCAUAAGAUCGGUUCCACGUAUUAUUCAAUACCCUAAAUUGGUACCAGUAUUCGGGUCCUUCACCCCUCAAGUAACCCAUAGAAACAGACGGUACAUUUACUUCAUACGACAGACUCAGGACGGAAUACCUUUGGCUGAAACUCCAAAGAUCACUAAACUCAAGAUGCCUGAGUAUGUUUUAGUUGGAUUAACAAGCGGUAAAGUUCUAUCGAGUUUGGGAAUGCAACUCAAAGAGACUUUUGUUUCGCUAUUCGAAAGACAAUUUCGAGAAAUAGUUACAUCGGACAAAGAAGCGUCUUCUAGCAUCCUCUCUCGUCAGGUCUCAUACGCUGGAGCGCAUUAUAAAAUGGAAGAGACAACUUCAGAAGUGAACUAUCUUCGGCCGUCUGACUAUCGCAGAAUGUCUAAUGUCGCUCGAGGAGAAAACGCUGAAAGACGAAUUAUAAAUAUGCAUGCCGAAUCAUACAUAGCUCCGCCCACGUCGAAAGUUACGAGACCAACAUCUUCAAUUAUGGCGCCGGUGAGCUACGAUUCGGAUAUUCCAAUCAAGGAUAAGAGAAAAACUAGCUAUGAAAAGAAACCUACUGCAUCAGAGGUUAUAAAAGAUAUAAAACAUCUUGUAGGAACAGUAGAAUGGACAAUAGAGCACAUUGAAGGUGAUAUUCAACUGCCGAUGCCGAACAUACCCGCUCUGAUGGAAGAGCGGCAACCUGGACACGUGGGGUUCAAUGACCCGGAGUUGAAUACUCAGCUAGAAGAAGCGGUGAUGAUGUGGCAGUCUCAUAUUGAUUCUACUAUAAAUGCUUGUUUAGGAAAAACACGAGAAGGUGAAGGGCCAGUGGCAGAGUACAAAUAUUGGCGGGAACGAGACGCUGAGAUAUCACUUUUGGUUGAACAAUUAAAACAACCAAUGGUAGUUAAAAUACUAUCACUUCUAAAGAAAGCAGAUUCGACAUAUUUAGAGGGCUUCAAACAUUACAAAGAGAGGCUCAUGGAGCAGUACAAUCUUGCUGGAGACAACCUUAAAUUCUUGUCAACGUUGAUGAGAUUUUUUACUGUUAUAGAAGAUAAUUCUCCACUACAGCAAGUCAUUGACAUGUUACCCGAACUAGUUGAAAGUAUAUACAUGAUGUGGGUACUUUCAAAGGGCUAUCGUACAGACGAAACGAUGAUUCCGUUACUUGGAAGGAUUUCCUGGGCUUUGUGUGAUAAAUUAGAGAGAUUUCUGAAUGUUCACAAGCUGUUUGAUAAGCCAAACGACGAGGUUCUGUCUCUCGCACGCGCGGGUCAGAAAAUAAUGGAGAUGUGGCACGAGCUGUACAAGGAGACGCGGCGCGACAUCGAGCUCAGCGGCAAGGGCGCGCGCUGGGAGUUCGACCAGCCGCUGCUCUUCACGCGCACCGAUUACAUCGGCACCGUCGCCAGAGACUUGGGCGAUGUUGUACAAGUACUGAUCGAUUUUGAGCGUAUAUUUGGCAACGAGCUAAAAUCAAUUAUAAGCGAUCCAACUCAAAUUGACGAUGUACGGAAAAGGGUCAAGAAACUUGUGUAUCCCAUACGUACCAUCGACUUUAGUGUUUUCGUGUUUGACAAUAAAGAGAACUGGGACGUCAUCAUGGGAGACUUUUGGAAUGAAGUCAGAUAUUUGGAAGAGGAAGCAAAGAAUUAUAUAAAUCAAAGCUUUGGUAAUUUACGCUCCUCAGAAGAAGCGUUAGCCGUUCUUCUUAAAUUCUUAGAGUUCGAUACAAGAGAAUCCAUUAGAAAGCAACUGUCUACAAAAUUCGACCUCAUCAUGCGACAGUUCAUUAAAGAGAUUACGGCUAUAGAAGAUAAAUUUACUCGUUUCCGCAAAAAUCCACCCCUACUACGAAAUCACCCACCGGUCGCGGGCGCCAUCUACUGGGCAAGAGCUCUGUUCAAUAAGAUGAAACAACCCAUUAUGAAGUUUAAAAAGGUACCAGAACUGAAUGAUUGUGAGCAGAAGAAAACCGCAUUCUUACAAUACAAGGCUUUUUCGAAACUUAUAAAGGAGUAUGAAGAGUCUAAGUACAGGGAAUGGGUUAAGGACGCUUCAAACUUCGUCGACAACACUAUGAAGAAGAACAUUCUGCACGUUGUAUUCAAAAAGGAAGAAGAUCAAUCGCCGUCAAAGGGUCGGGGGAUGCAAUUAACUGCGGCGGGGAGAGCUCACGUGGCCAAAAAGAAGGCCUCUACAAUAUCUAUUAAGCCUAUCGAUAUCGUCAAUAAAGAGAUCGCAGACAAACGCAAAAGAGACAAGGCUUUGAUGUUAAUGAGAAUUCCUGGUCAGCACUACGAGAACGUUAGAUCUCCAAGUUCCGUGUCGCUUCUAGCGAAAGAAGGUUUGACAGAUGUUACGUGGAGAGAUAUGACAGUACAUAAGUUGAUGCAAGAGUACGGUCUUGAGUUCCAACCUAAUUUCGAUAGACACGUCUUCCUUAUCAUACAUGAGGCAGAACUUAUAGAAAAAUUGGGUUUCGAUAUACCAGCUAACAUUCGUGAUGUGUCAAUGCAAAAGUCUCGUCUUUACUACGAACUUGAAGCGUUAGAGAAAGUUAUUACUAAAUAUAACUCGAGCACAGCAUCUCUCAGUGUAUCUGAGACUCACCUUAUGAAAAAGCAUCUAUUGGAAAUGGAACGUCAUAUUCUGCCAGGCCUUACUAGAAUCACCUGGACAGCUUUGGGGAUAAACGAUUAUAUAAAAGAUAUAACGAAAGGUGAAAACUCACUACAAGCUGUGUACCAACAAUUGAAAAUGGUGGAAAAAGAAAUUCAGUUUUUACUCGAUCAGAUAGAAAUGUUUGACUUAUUUCCAUUAAUGCGACCAAAGGACUAUGUUGACCCAAAGACGGGAGAGCCGGAUAAAACUUGGAUAUAUCCUUGCAAGACAUAUUUCGUGGAAGUAGAAAAUGAACGUCUUGAGCGCACCGCCAAGCUGUCUCGUCUGUAUGAACGUAUCGGGCCAAACCUCAUGAAGCUCGAGUACUUGAUACUUGGUACGAGCACAGGACGCUCCGAAGUUAUGUCAUCAUACUACACUUUUUGGGAAAAGAAGAUAUUCAAAAGCCUUGUUACCUUAACCCUGGAGAACCUGCAGCAGUUUCAGAGCUCGUUGAGCGCAAGCACGCCGCUUUUCCAAGUGGACGCGGUGCUCGCGGCGCCUGACGUCACCGCACGUCCCGCACCCGCCGAGGUCUGCAACAUACUCGGAUACAACAUCAAGCAUUUCUUGAACAGAUUAACCACGUUUCCUCGCUGGAUGAAGAAAACAUGUCUCCCAUGUCCACCUCAGAGGAUCGCUGAAGUCACAGGGAAUGAGUUUUAUGUCUUUUCCUAUUUCGAGGAUAUCCUCCGAGUGGUUUCUAUCAACGAUGUCACGCUGCUCAUACAAGAUACCAUUUAUCGUCUAACACAGGACAUCUAUUCUUACAUUCAAAAAUGGCAGAAGUAUCAGCAUCUUUGGGCGUUUGACAAGCAUCUUUCCUGUGAAAAAUAUGUUCAAAAACAUGACCAGAUACACAAAUACGAUGAAAAGUUUUUCUUUUUCGAAGACAUUAUAUCAGAUUUAAAUGCUCAUGUGAAAUUCGUGGAUAUUGGAGCCGUAAGGGUUAAUUUGCGACCCAUAAUACAACAAGUGCAAGGACACGCACAAGAGUGGAAAGAUAUACUCGGUCAAUGUGUCGCAUCGAAAACAAGAAUGAAUAUGUACGAUUUGAAGAAUCAAAUCGAGUCUCUUCGAAUGACAAUGAACAUGAACAUAAAAGGAUUGGAAGACUUCAAACUCGUGAUGGCAACCAUUACACAAGUACAGCAACUGACGAUCACAGCUGAAGUGAAGUUUAGGAACAUGCAGGAGAUAUUUCAUAUGUUACGACAACACGGUAUUGAUGUAUCAGACGGUGACAUCGAUUUCGCUAAAAACCUUGAAACGUCUUGGGGUAGUCUGUAUCAAACUUCGCUCUUCCGCGGCAGCAACCUCGAACAGACAAAAGAGAAGUUCUCGAAACUAAAUGUUGUUGAAAUUGCUAAUUUCCUCAAGGAGUUAGACGACUUCGUUGAAAAGUUCGACACUGAAGGACCGGCAACAGUUGGAGACGAUAUGGAUAGAGGAUUGUUGCUCAUGGAAGAAUAUGGAAAAUAUUUCGACGAGUUGGAAUCACGUAAGAAGGUCCUUCAAGCUGCGGAGCAGCUCUUUGAUAAUCCCCUUGCAGACUUCUCCAGUUUCAACCGAGCAAAGACUGACUUCCAAGCUAUGGAGCAGAUUUAUAAAAUAUAUAAAGCACAGAAGAAUGCUCGCGAGACUUGGGCUAAAACUCUUUGGGUUAAUCUUAAUCCACAAGCAUUGGUUGAUGGCAUUGAACAGUUUUUCAAAGAAUAUAGAAAAUUGCCAAAAGCAGUCCGAUUGAUAAGUACAGGAUUGAUGCUAGAUUUGAAGAUGAAACAAUUCAAAAACGUAGUUCCCUUAAUGGUUUCUUUGAAAAAUGAAGCCAUGCGUGAACGACAUUGGAAGGAAUUGAUGGCCAAAACGGGUCAGGAGUUUGACAUGUCACCUGAUCGCUUUACUUUGGAAAACAUGUUUGCAAUGGAAUUACAUAAAUAUCAGGAUGUCGCUGAAGAAAUUGUCAACCACGCUAUAAAGGAACUGGCAAUUGAACGAGGUGUGCGAGAAGUGCAGGAGACAUGGGCGGGGAUGGCUUUCACUGUAUCACGACACUUUGCUCGUGGUGAGGACCGCGGUUACACGCUUAAUCCUUGCGAUGAAAUCGUUGUCAAGUUGGACGAUGACGCCAUGGCGUUACAGAGCAUGGCAGCCUCGCAAUUCAUAGGACCAUUCCUCAAAGUGGUACAAACCUGGGAACGUCGCUUAGCCCUCAUAUCCGAGGUGAUAGAGGAAUGGUUUGCGACACAGCGGAAAUGGCUGUACCUUGAAGGGAUCUUCGUAGGCGGGGAUAUCCGUACGCAGCUGCCUGAUGAAGCGAAGAAAUUUGAUGACAUUGAUAAGUUCUUCAGAAAGAUAAUGCUGGAUACUGCAAAACGAUUGAACGUUGUAGACUGUUGCACUAUUAGUGGCAGAUUGGAAGAAUUUAUAAACUUGGGUCUUGGCCUCCAGAAAUGUCAGAAGUCCCUCAAUGAUUACUUAGACUCGAAAAGAAGAAUAUUUCCAAGAUUUUUCUUUAUUUCAACGGAUGAAUUAUUAUCUAUUCUGGGUAGCAGUGAAUGUAGUUGUGUUCAGGAACACAUGAUUAAGAUGUUUGAUAACAUAAGAGCACUAGAUCUAUACGUGGACCAUACUAAUCGCCCUGUAGCAGCCAAAAUGAUUUCUGCUGAAGGAGAGGUAAUGGAUUUUCGUUACGUCGUAUACACGGAGGGAAGAGUAGAAGACUGGAUGAAUUUGGUUUUAAAUGAAAUGCGCAGUACCAAUAAGUUUAUUACCAAGAAAGCUAUAUUCUAUUAUGGUAAAAAUUGGAGAAUUCCCAGGACUGAAUGGAUUAUGGAGUAUCAAGGUAUGGUGUGUCUGGCUGCUAACGGUGUGUGGUGGACCGCUGAGACGGAGGAAACGUUCGUACGAAUCAGGAAUGGAAAUAAACGAGCCAUGAAAGAACAUUUACAACAACAAAACGAACAAUUGGAUGGUUUAGUGGUUAAAGUCAGACAAGAUUUGUCACCGAACGAUCGUUUAAAAUUCCGUACGAUAACAACAAUAGACGUGCACGCUCGCGACAUUAUUGAAGGCUUUGUACGAGACAACGUCACAGAAGCAGCCGAGUUCGAGUGGGAAAGUCAACUUAGGUUCUAUUGGGUGAAAAAAGACGACAAUAUUUGGAUAAAACAAUGCACGGGGUUAUUUGAAUAUGGAUAUGAAUAUAUGGGGCUCAAUGGUCGUCUUGUUAUUACCCCUUUGACGGAUCGAAUAUAUCUUACUAUUACACAAGCACUUACUAUGCAACUUGGAGGUGCACCGGCAGGUCCGGCUGGUACGGGUAAAACGGAAACGACAAAAGACUUAGCCAAAGCCCUUGGUCUAUUAUGCGUGGUCACAAACUGUGGCGAAGGUAUGGACUUCCGAGCUGUUGGUCAAAUACUGGCUGGACUGUGUCAAUGCGGUGCUUGGGGAUGUUUCGAUGAAUUCAACCGUAUUGAUAUAUCUGUUUUAUCCGUCAUAUCUACGCAACUGCAGUGCAUUCGAAGUGCGCUAUUGAUGAAACUAAAGCGAUUUACAUUUGAAGGUCAAGAAAUUGCAAUGGACAGCAAAGUAGGUAUAUUUAUUACUAUGAAUCCUGGCUAUGCUGGACGCACGGAACUCCCAGAAUCCGUAAAAGCACUCUUCCGACCUGUCGUGUGUAUUUUGCCUGAUCUGGAAAUGAUCUGCCAAAUAUCUCUAUUCUCCGACGGCUUCCUUACCGCUAAGGUGCUAGCCAAAAAAAUGACAGUUCUAUACAAAGUAGCUCGGGAACAAUUAUCUAAGCAAUCCCAUUAUGACUGGGGGUUGAGAGCUCUGACAGCAGUGUUGCGGAUGGCGGGGAAAUUGAGACGAGACUCACCUGGACUUAGUGAAAUAAUGGUGCUGAUGAGAGCUCUGAGAGAUAUGAAUCAUCCAAAAUUCGUUUUCGAAGAUGUGCCCUUGUUCCUUGGUCUUAUAAAAGAUCUCUUCCCCGGGCUGGAGUGUCCCCGGGUCGGGUAUCCGGACUUCAACACCGCUGUUGUAGAAGUUUUGGAAAAAGACGGAUACAUUGUUCUUCCUCAUCAGGUAGACAAAGUAGUGCAGCUAUAUGAGACAAUGAUGACUAGGCACUGCACAAUGUUAGUGGGGCCGACCGGAGGGGGGAAGACCGUCAUUCUACAGACGCUUGUUAAAGCGCAGACCAACCUCGGACUACCCACCAAGCUUACUAUUCUUAAUCCGAAAGCUUGUUCGGUGGUAGAAUUGUAUGGCGUUCUCGAUCCUGUAACCAGAGAUUGGACUGACGGGCUUUAUUCGAAAAUAUUCCGAGAAAUGAACAGACCUGCAGACAAAGACGAGCGUCGAUAUUCCCUGUUCGAUGGUGAUGUGGACGCACUAUGGAUCGAGAACAUGAAUUCAGUAAUGGACGACAACAAGCUUUUAACUCUCGCUAACGGGGAACGGAUCAGGCUAGCGCCAUAUUGUGCAUUACUGUUCGAGGUCGGGGACCUUAAUUAUGCGUCUCCUGCGACCGUUUCGAGAGCCGGAAUGGUGUUUGUGGAUCCAAAAAAUCUUGGUUAUCAGCCUUAUUGGGAAAGGUGGCUCCGAGGGCGUAGUAACGAGGAGGAGCGUGAGCAGCUCGCGGGGUUAUUUGAUCAUUACGUGGCGGGUGCCAUCAACUAUAUAGUGUUCGGGAUGUUCGGACUGCAGCAGCAGACGCCGCUUAAAACCAUCGUGCCGCAGACACCACUCAAUUUGGUUAUGCAACUUUGCUACAUGAUAAGCGGUCUUCUGCCCAAUAGAGAAGAUACUAAUGAAGAAAUUGACAGAACUGUCGUUGAGUGUGUGUUUAUGGUGUCGAUGUACAAUAGUCUCGGAGCUGCAAUCGUGGACAACGGCAGAUUUGACUUCGACAAUUAUGUAAAGAAAGCCUGCCCGAUGAUGUUAGUCGAAGACACUACUGAAAAAAAAGCUACUACCAAACACUUUCCCAUGGGAUUCCCCUCAUUGUACGACUACUGUCUUGAACUAACGACUAAGACAUGGGAGGCAUGGGAGUGGCUUGUACCGCAGUACGAACACAACAGGCAGCUCAAGUUCUCAUCCAUCCUCGUUCCCACCGUCGACACGCUGCGGAUGACCUGGCUCAUCAAGAUUAUGGAGAGCGUGGAAAGACCAGUGCUGCUUGUUGGUGACACCGGAACUUCAAAAACAGCUAUUAUAUUUAACUACCUACGAGGUUUGCCAGCUGACAAAUAUAUAAUUCAACAGAUGAACUUCUCAUCUCGAACAUCGUCAAUGGACGUGCAGAGGAAUUUGGAGUCGGUGGUCGAAAAGAGGACGAAAGACACCUUUGGACCUCCAGUCGGCAAAAAGAUGCUCGUCUUCAUUGAUGAUAUGAACAUGCCCAUAGUGGAUACAUAUGGAACUCAACAACCAAUAGCCCUUUUGAAGUUGCUCUUUGAAAGGAAAGGCUUCUACGAUCGAGGAAAAGAUCUCAAUUGGAAGAACCUUAAGGACAUAGGAUUUCUCGCUGCAAUGGGAAAAGCGGGUGGUGGCAGAAAUGAUGUGGAUCCUCGUUUCAUUUCGAUGUUCUCGGUAUACAAUCUGCAGUUUCCGUCGGAGACGACAUUAAACCACAUUUAUGUCUCAAUCUUGAAAGGACAUUUCUCGAUAUUUCCAGAAGAAAUUCAAGACAUUGUAGACAAAAUUGUUCAAAUGACCCUCGACUUGUAUAAGAUAAUAAUUGUUGAGUUGCCGCCCACACCCGCGAAGUUCCACUACAUUUUCAACUUGCGUGACCUGUCCCGAGUGGCGGCCGGUCUGUGUCUGACGCAUCCGAACUUCUUCAGCGAAAAGCGCUCGGUCGUGCGCUGCUGGAGGAAUGAGUUCACGCGCGUCAUCUGCGACAGGCUCAUCAGUUUACAGGACAAUGAGUUGAUGCGUGGACACAUUCAAGAACAUGUCGCAAAAUAUUUUCCUGAAGAAGAACCGGUAGUUCUAGAAGAGAUCGUUGUGCCAGAGGAAGAUGAGAAACGGGUCGGAGAGGAAGAAGAAGAAGAUGAGUUCGCGAUAAUCGAGCCAAAACAACAAACGACUGAAGAGCAGGAUGUGCAAGUGGAAGAGGAACAAGAAGUCGAGGCUGAAAAAGAACUGACUUUGGAAGAAUACGUGCUACGAGAUCCUCUCCUUUUCGGUGACUACCGCAAUGCUCUGGAUGAAGAAGAAAUAAGAUAUUACGAAGAUCUGUUGGAUUAUGAAGCAGUUUAUUUCCUAUUUCAAGAGAUCCUCGAUGAGUACAACGAGCGCGUGGGCAAGCUGUCGGUAGUCCUGUUCGAGGACUGCCUGGAGCACGUGACGCGAGCGCACCGCGUGCUGCGCACCGACCGCGGGCACCUCAUGCUCGUCGGUGUCGGCGGCUCCGGGAAGAAGUCCAUCUGCCGCCUCGCUGCCUUCGCUGCAGGUUAUGAGAUGUUCGAAAUAACGGUAACGCGAAACUACAACGAGAACACGUUCAGGGAUGACAUGAAGAGACUCUACAACCAGCUCGGUGUCGACGGCAAGCCUACCGUCUUCCUCUUCACCGCUGCACAGAUUCUCGAAGAAGGGUUCUUGGAGUUUAUAAACAAUAUAUUGAUGAUUGGCAUGAUCCCUGCUCUAUUUGGUGAUGACGAAAAAGAUGCCAUUAUUAACGCAGUUCGGAAUGAAAGCGCCGAAGCUGGUUAUGGUGUAGCUAAAGACGCAGUAUGGAAUUUCUUCUGUAACAAAUGUGCUGACAAUUUGCAUGUCGUUCUAUCUAUGUCACCGAGUGGCGACACAUUGAGAAACAGGUGUCGAAGUUUCCCUGGCCUUGUAAACAAUACAACCAUCGACUGGCAGUUCCCAUGGCCAAAACAGGCUUUACUCGCUGUUGCCAAUGUUUUCCUUGCUGAUGUCCAAAAAAUACCCGAAGAGUUUCGUUCAAUAAUUGUGGAACACGUGGUACACGUGCACAUGUCAGUGGCGCACUACUCGACGGAAUUCCUACUGCGCCUGCGCCGGAACAACUACGUGACGCCCAAGCACUAUAUGGAUUAUUUAACCAAUUACCUAUCGCUGCUUAACGAGAAGGACGCGUUCAUUGUGGCUCAGUGCGAGCGACUAAUUGGAGGCUUAGCAAAAAUUGAAGAAGCGAAUGUUCAAUUGGAAGAUUUAAAUGCAAAACUAGCAGUUCAGAAAGUAAUAGUAGCAGAACAAACAAAAGAAUGUGAAUUACUAUUAAAAGAGAUAUCGACAGCUACGGAGGCAGCUGUCGCUAAACAAAACGUAGCUGCAAUCAAAAGUCAAGAAAUAACUGAGCAAAGUAAAGUAAUUGCUGAAGAAAAAUCUGAAGCAGAAGAAGCUCUAUCCGCAGCUCUCCCAGCCCUAGAAGCGGCAAGACUAGCGCUAGCGGACUUAGAUAAAAAUGAUAUUACUGAAAUUAGAUCCUUCGCUACACCCCCUGAGGCAGUGCAGGUCGUUUGUGAGUGCGUUGUAAUUAUUCGCGGCAUAAAAGACGUGAGCUGGAAGGGUGCUAAAGGAAUGAUGGCUGAUCCGAAUUUCUUACGAAAUCUCCAAGAAAUGAACUGUGACUUAAUUACGCAAGCUCAAGUGAAAGCUGUGAAGGCACAUAUGAAGAAAAGCAAGAAACUCGACACCAUGCAACAAAUUAGUAAAGCAGGAUAUGGCCUUCUGAAGUUUGUCAUAGCUGUGCUAGGUUAUUGCGCAGUAUAUAAAGAAGUCAAACCAAAGAAAGAUAAAGUAGAAUCAUUAGAAAGGGAAUAUACUGAAGCUUGUAACUACCUGGCAUCUUUAAACCGCGAAAUAGAUCGUUUGCAGAAAACUUUAGAUGGCCUGAACAAUCGAUAUGAAACUGCCAUGCUACGAAGACAGGAACUUCAAGAAGAAACAGACAUUAUGAUGCGAAGACUUGUGGCCGCUGACAAACUUAUGUCUGGGUUAUCAAGUGAACAGAAACGAUGGACAGAAGACUUAGCGGCUUUAUAUGUGGAACAGUCUAGACUGAUCGGUAACUGUCUCUUAGCAGCAUCUUUCCUCUCCUACGCUGGGCCUUUCUCGUUCUCCUUCAGGCAGACUAUGAUAUACGAAGAUUGGAUGGGAGAUAUUCUCGAAAAGGGAAUUCCACUUACUACCCCUUUUACGAUUGAGAAAAAUUUAACAAAUGAAGUUGAGAUCAGUGGUUGGAACUCUGAAGGCUUGCCACCAGAUGAACUAUCAGUACAAAAUGGUAUUUUGACAACAAGAGCGUCCCGUUUUCCUCUGUGCAUCGACCCUCAAACUCAGGCUCUUACUUGGAUCAAGAAAAAAGAAGCUAAAAAUAACCUCAAAGUACUAUCCUUCAACGACCCGCAGUUUCUGCGACACUUGGAAAUGGCAAUAAAAUAUGGAAUGCCGGUGCUGUUUCAAGACGUUAAUGAAUACAUCGAUCCAGUGGUCGAUAAUGUUCUAGAAAAGAAUAUCAAGACGGAGAGCGGUCGCACAUUCGUAAUGUUGGGCAGCACGGAAGUAGACUAUGACCCACACUUCCGCAUGUACCUCACUACCAAGCUCGCCAACCCCCAGUUCAACCCAGCAGCCUACGCCAAGGCCGUCGUCAUUAACUACACCGUCACCGUACAGGGCUUAGAAGACCAACUCCUUAGUGUAGUAGUUCGCGCUGAACGCGCCGAUCUUGAGGAACAACGCGAGAGCCUCAUCAUCGAAACGAGCGCAAACCGUAGUCUACUGUCAGGACUGGAAGACUCACUGUUGCGUGAGCUGGCCACCUCCACGGGUAACAUGCUGGAUAAUGUGGAACUGGUCAACACUUUGGAGAAUACCAAAUCUAAGGCUGCUGAAGUCAUGGAGAAACUUCAGCUAGCUGAGGCGACAACAAAAGACAUAGAGAAAUUGCGGGACGGCUACAGACCAGUCGCUAAGCGCGGCUCCAUACUAUUUUUCGUGCUGUCAGACAUGGCUAGCGUGAACUCUAUGUAUCAAUACUCCUUGUCUUCCUACCUUGAUGUCUUCUCCUUCUCCUUGCGUAAAGCGAUGCCGAAUGUUAUAUUGGCAAAACGAUUGAAGAACAUUAUCGACAUGUUAACUAAAAACGUUUAUGAUUAUGGAUGUACAGGUAUAUUUGAAAGACACAAAUUACUAUUCUCGUUUCAAAUGGACAUAAAGCUGGAACAGAGCGAAGGUAACGUCAGUCAAAUGCAACUUGACUUUUUCAUCAAGGGUAACAUUUCGCUAGAAAAAUCAGCCAGAGCCUGUCCCGCUACAUGGAUACCAGCUCAGGGUUGGCAAGAUAUUAUGAAACUAAGUACGGACUUUCCAGAAACUUUUGUAGAAUUACCAGAUCACAUAACAAGAGGUCUUGAGAAAUGGCAAGCGUGGUUUGACAGCGAUGCGCCGGAGUCGACAGAGAUGCCAGACGGCUACAGCUCUCGCCUCGCCCCCUUCGAACUCCUGAUGGCGCUACGCUGCUUCCGCGUCGAUCGCAUUUACCGCGCUCUUACCGACUACAUCACCGUCACCAUGGGCGAGGACUACAUCACGCCGCCCGUUAUCAGUUUGGACAUGAUCUACGAGCAAACGACACCGUAUACGCCAGUGGUGUUCAUCCUCAGCCCGGGCUCCGACCCGACAGCUGAUCUAAUGAAGCUCGCCGACCGAUGCGGCUUCGGAGGCGGCAAGUUCAAGUACCUCUCGCUUGGCCAGGGCCAGGAGGGGGCCGCACUUUCUCUACUAGAAGGUGCCAUUUCUCAUGGCCAAUGGCUAAUCUUGCAAAAUUGUCAUUUAUUGGUGUCAUUUUUACGAGAACUAGAAAAACAAAUGGAAUUGAUGGAGAAACCUCAUCCUGAAUAUCGACUCUGGUUGACGACUGACCCCACUCCUACGUUCCCCAUUGGUAUUCUUCAAAGGUCACUCAAAGUGGUAACGGAACCGCCCAACGGCCUGAAGCUAAACUUGCGCAAUACAUAUUUCAAGAUGCGCGCGCACGCACUAGAAGAGUGUGCGCAUCCUCAGUUCAGAAAACUGGUCUACGUACUGGCAUUCUUCCACGCGGUUGUUCAGGAGCGACGUAAAUACGACAAAAUCGGUUGGAAUAUAGCGUACGAUUUCAGCGAGUCGGACUUUGUGGUGUGCAUGCAGAUUCUGCAGUGCUACCUCGACCGUUGCUACGCUGUCAAGGGGCUCGUCCCCUGGGCGACGCUUAAGUACUUGUUUGGGGAAGUGAUGUACGGAGGUCGUGUAAUAGACGAUUUCGACCGAAGAGUUGUGAAAACCUACAUGGACGAAUAUCUGGGUGACUUUCUAUUUGACAAGUUCCAGCCCUUCCACUUCUACCACGACUCUAACUUCGACUAUGUCAUACCACCCGACGGUGAACGAGAGGAGUAUAUUGAUUUCAUCGACACGUUGCCGCUGGCGAAUACCCCAGAGGUGUUCGGACUUCAUCCCAACGCGGAAAUAGGUUACUUCAGCCAAGCUGUACGUGAGAUGUGGGCGCACCUCAUCGAGCUGCAGCCGCAGACCAGUGAAGGUGGUGGCGUGAUGAGUCGCGAUGAGUUUAUCGACUGUAUCGCCGUGGAUAUCCUCUCCAAACUACCGCCUCUCUUCGAAAUCUGGCGCGUGCGCAAGCAGUUCGAGAUGAACAUAACUCCAACCGUUGUCGUACUCCUGCAGGAACUGGAAAGAUUCAACCGUCUGAUUAGCAAGCUAGCAAGCACACUGAGCCUGUUACGUAAGGCUCUGGCGGGCGAGAUCGGCAUGGACGCCGUGCUGGACAACGUGGCGUACAGCCUGUUCAACGGGCAGCUGCCGGCCGCCUGGCGGGGCCUCGCGCCCGACACGCGCAAGGGACUCGGCGGCUGGAUCGAUCACUUCAUGGCGCGCACGAAGCAAUAUACCGACUGGGCGACAAUGGAAGAGCCGGUGGUGAUCUGGCUGUCGGGACUGCACAUUCCGGAGUCGUACCUCAUCGCGCACGUACAAGCGGCGUGCCGGGCGAGCGCCCGCGCGCUCGACCGCUCGUCGCAGUACACGCGCGUCACGGCGCACACCUCGCCCGACGAUAUCGAGGAGCGACCGCAGACCGGUUGCUAUGUUCGAGGAUUAUAUUUAGAAGGCGCUCGCUGGGACUUGGAAGAUGGCUGUCUAAGGAGAUCACAUCCCAAAGUAUUGAUCACGGAAUUGCCCAUCAUGUACAUAAUACCCAUUGAAGCGCACAAGCUCAAAUUACAGAACACAUUACGCACUCCGGUGUAUACAACAUCCUCUCGUCGCGACGCAAUGGGAGUGGGUUUGGUGUUCGAGUCUGACCUUUGGACUACGGAGCACUGUAGCCACUGGAUCUUACAAGGUGUCUGCCUUGUUAUGAACACUGACUGAACUGACUGAUUUUAUUUCCUAAGUAUUAGGACUAGCAAGUAUAAAUAUAAGCACUUGAAUUUUAAGUUAGCAAACUUACAUGUUACAUUUUUUUUUUCUUUAUUAGAGCUAACAUUCUUGUUUUUUUUUACACAAUAAUGGUAAAGAUAGCUUACUAAUAAUAUAAGCAAAUUUUUUAUUUAUUUUUUUUAAUUUAAUGUUAAUAUUAAGAGUGAAUAAACUAAGUUGGCAGGUUUGUAUUUAAUGUAAUUUUAUUUCAGCAAGUGUCAUUUUAUUUUUAGUUCAGCAUAGUUUAGUUAAAGAAAGAAUAAAGACUGCUUUAUAUUUUAAAAGCA